AUGAAGACCGACGAGAUCAACAAAGAGCAGACGGCUCACAUCGAGCAUUCGUCGCCGACUGCCGAGAACAAGGAGGCCCAACAAGCCUCGGCCGCUGAGCGUCAGACCACGUUCUGGGAGGCCCUCAAAAGCAACCACAAGGCGGCGCUAUGGUCGGCUGCCAUUUCCCUGACAAUCAUCAUGGAAGGCUAUGAUGUCGGCCUCAUCUACCAAUUCUUCUCCUAUCCGGCCUUUCAACGGACAUUCGGGGCAUACCGUCCAGAGCAAGAUGGCUACGAAGUCUCCGGGCCCUGGCAAGCUGGUCUCAGCAACGGUGCCAAUGCCGGUAUAGUCAUUGGUGGCUUUUUGAACGGAUACCUAUCAACACGAUAUGGAUACAAAAAGGUCCUCUUAGGCUCGCUCUUCUUUAUGAAUUGGUUUAUCUUUAUCCUGUUCUUCGCAUCUUCGGCGCCGGUGCUCCUCGUUGGACAGAUCCUAUGCGGAUUUACCUGGGGAGUCUUUGCCACGACAGGACCAGCUUACGCGUCGGAGGUAUGCCCGCUGGCCCUGCGUGGGUAUCUGACCUGCUAUGUGAAUCUUUGCUGGGCCAUUGGCCAAUUCAUCGCCUCAGGGGCUCUUUACGGGCUACUAAAGAUCGAAAACGAAUGGUCCUAUCGAAUUGCAUAUGCCCUGCAAUGGAUCUGGCCCGUCCCUCUGUUCAUCCUGAUCUUUUUUGCUCCGGAAUCCCCCUGGUGGCUAGCCCGGAAUAACCGGCUGGACGAUGUCUACAAAUCACUCGCGAAGCUCGACAAUCGCGGUCAGGAAUCGCACCAGAAGACGUUGGCGCAGAUCCUACACACGCUGGAGCUCGAGCAGAAGAUGGAGGCUGGCUCGAAUUAUCUAGACUGUUUUCGAGGAAUCGAUCGACGUCGCACCGAGAUUGUCUGCAUGAGCUUUGCUGGCCAAGUCUUGUCGGGCUCUGCUUUUGCCUACACGCCCACCUACUUCUUUGUGCAGGCGGGAAUUAGUACGGACAACGCCUACCAGAUCGCCGUCGGGGGCACGGCCAUUUCCUUCGUCGGAACGGUGAUUUCAUGGUUCCUGCUCGGUCGCUUCGGUCGUCGCCAGCUAUACGUGGGCGGAAUCGCCACCUUGACUUGUCUACUGCUCAUCAUCGGCAUCAUUGCGUCGGCAUCCGAAUCCGGCGGCGCCAAAUGGGGGCAGGCUGCUUUAUGUCUGGUGUGGCUUUUCACUUAUUCCACCACCCUAGGCCCCAUUACUUUCACCAUCAUCUCCGAGACGUCGUCCAUCCAGCUGAGAGCCAAGUCCGUUUGCUUGUCGCGGAACGUCUAUAACAUCACGCAAAUCAUUGCGAAUAUCAUUGAGCCGUACUUGAUCAACCCGACGGAGGCUGAUCUGAAGGGCAAGACAGCCUACUUCUGGUUCGGCACGGCGGCUUUGACCACACUCUGGGCCUAUUUCCGUCUACCAGAGUGCGCCGGCAGGACGUACGAUGAGCUGGAUGUCAUGUUUCAUCAGAAGGUGCCGGCCAGGAAGUUUGCCAAACACCAAGUCAACGUUUAUGAUGCGGAUGCGAGAUGUAUGUUAGACAACUCCCAAGAGAGCACUACUUAG